AUGAAUAUUUGGUAACAAAAACACACAGACUGGACUGAGAUUUCAGAGAAGCAACCCAUUGUAGAUUUCACUACCAAGCAUCCCAACUCUCAAAGUUCAAACCCUUUUUUGACCUCCUCAUCAAAAUUCACCUACCCUCCUCAUCCAAAACCAAACAAAUCCUCUCUCUCUCUCUUUCUUUUAUACUCAUUACUGUGUCAAAGUUAUUUAUAGAUCACACCCGUAAUUCACUCCUACUGUCUGCCUAUAAUAUUUUAUAGAUCAUCAUAACCCAAAUAUCAUUUUUUUUUUCCUGUUUUAAGCCUUGAUCAUAUUCAUAAGUUGGAAAAAAAAAAAAUAUAUAUAUAUAUAUAUAAAUACCUAUAAGAUCGUUGCUUUUUUUCUUUUCUUUUUUAGGUCAAAGGCUUUUUGGAAAAAGGUUUUUCAAAAGCAAAGCAAAGCAAAGCCGUGAAGGUUUUGGCUUUUACUGCUUCUUUGAAGUUUGAUCUCCGUGAACAACUAAAACUAUAUAUAUAUUUCUGUGAUCGUGUUUUUGUGAAAGACCCAUAAAACCCACUUGGAAUUUUUCUCUCAAAGUUCGAAUCUUUUACGCCAUGAUUUGUGCUGUGAAGCAAUCCGUGUCCCCAACGAUUAAUGGGUCCGAUUUGUUUCUCCGAAAAAAGCCGUAUCCGGCACGGCCGGUUCUGCAACUCGUACCGGCGUUGAGAAAACCGGAGCGACUCGGCUUGGUAACGUUGUCGAGGCCUUUGCAUGUGAAUUCAGUUGAGAAACUGAGUUUUGGGUCGGUGAGAUAUCGGGAGGAUCGGAUCAAAUGCGAGGCGUAUGAGGCUGCGGAUCAGUCUAAACCGGUCGAACCGGCCGAGACGAAAUCGGAGGCGGCGCGGAAGUUGAAGAUCGGAAUUUACUUCGCUACUUGGUGGGCUCUGAAUGUGGUGUUCAAUAUCUACAACAAGAAGGUGUUGAAUGCUUUCCCUUACCCAUGGCUGACCUCAACUCUCUCGCUUGCAUGUGGGUCUCUCAUGAUGUUAAUCUCUUGGGUCACAAGGAUCGCUGAGACUCCCAAGACUGACUUUGAGUUUUGGAAGACUUUGUUCCCGGUUGCUGUGGCACAUACGAUUGGGCAUGUUGCGGCAACUGUGAGUAUGUCAAAGGUUGCAGUUUCAUUCACCCACAUCAUCAAGAGUGGUGAGCCUGCUUUCAGUGUAUUGGUUUCAAGGUUCCUGUUGGGUGAGAGCUUCCCUGUGCCAGUAUACCUGUCCCUUAUCCCAAUUAUUGGUGGUUGCGCACUUUCUGCUGCAACUGAGCUCAACUUCAACAUGACUGGUUUUAUGGGUGCCAUGAUAUCAAACUUGGCAUUUGUCUUCAGGAACAUCUUCUCAAAGAAGGGCAUGAAGGGGAAGUCUGUUAGUGGGAUGAACUAUUAUGCAUGUCUGUCUAUGAUGUCCCUUUUGAUUCUCACACCGUUUGCUAUUGCUGUAGAGGGACCACAAAUGUGGGCAGCUGGUUGGCAAACAGCCAUCUCUCAAAUUGGACCCCAUUUCAUAUGGUGGGUGGCGGCCCAGAGUGUGUUCUAUCAUCUCUACAACCAGGUGUCAUACAUGUCCCUGGACCAGAUCUCUCCCUUGACAUUUAGCAUUGGUAACACCAUGAAACGAAUAUCCGUCAUAGUCUCAUCAAUCAUUAUAUUCAAAACGCCAGUCCAGCCCAUCAAUGCUCUUGGAGCUGCCAUAGCUAUCCUUGGAACCUUCUUGUAUUCCCAGGCUAAGCAAUGAAAAGCUUGGGGUUCUGCAAUUUAGAUUCGUUGCUUAGAGCAUAAGAAGGCGGAAGAGUGUGGCGUCAGGAUCAGCUCCACCAGAGGCGUUGUUAAGAAUUUGCUUUUCAGAGUCCGGACUACUGGAUUUUAUUCCGAUGAACCAGCAGUUUUAUCUUUUUGUAGAUAAUAAUAAAUAUUAUCUAGUUAUCAACAUUACUGGUAUACGGGUUUACUGAGUGGCUUUUUAUUUAUUUUUUUAUCCCCUAGUGCGGUUGGAAGGAAAAAUGUUUUAAUAAACAAGGAUAAUGUCUUAAACCUUGUCUGUUUUGAUAAACAUAAAAUUGCAAAAUAUGUUCUUUGAUUUA